AUGUGGUCUGUUGUUGAGAAUCCGUUGCAGAAGCCUCUCUGUUCUCUCGGCUGGUUAGAAGCCAGAGUCGGAGAGGCGAGCCGUGGUGACUUUUGUGAAGUAACUGUUUUGUUUCUUAUAUAUUUUCAGGUGAUGGCCUUCUUUGUCAGACCAUUUCUGUCUGUGGGUCUUAUAUGCAUAGGACUUUGGCCUGUGAUCAUGUACUCCAUGCAGGGUGUGGUAGAGAAGUCCAUGCGUCUUGUGUGGAUUGGAGCAAGCAUACUCCUGGCCUCCUUUACUUACAUGCCAGUGGUGGGCAAGGAGCCAUUCUAUCCAAUGGUAGAAGUGGCUGGCUUAUUAGCAUUUUCACUUGGAGGAAUUGGCAUAUAUUGGUGUGGUGGUGAAGGUGGCCUACCACGACACAUUUCCUCAGUUGUCUACGUCCAAGGACUGAUGGUUGUGGGCUCAGUUUAUCUUGUCCAUACAACAGCAUAUAGCAUCAAGCAAAAGGAAGGACUGCCACCCCUCAAUCAGUUGGCAGCCUGGUGUGUUCUAGCACUGGCAUUCCUGUUGCCUCUUCUAGGAUCUCGCAAUGUGAUGGGUCGCCUUCUUUCUGUCACAGCCUCCCUCCUUUGUCCAUUCCUGCUAUUGUCAAUCAGACAUGAAGGAUUCUUCUAUAUUGCCUUGACAAUAGCAAUGUUCCUUUGGCUCAUCCUUGAAUUCUACCUGGCAGGUGAAAAUGUGCAG